AUGCAGACUGUUUUUAGAAACAUUUGUGAAAGAAUGGGUCGCUCUCAGGAGCUCAGUAAAUUCAAGCGUGGUACCGUGAUAGGUUGCCACCUGUGCAAUAAGUCAAUCCGUGACAUUUCCUUGCUACUAAAUAUUCCACGGUCAACUGUUAGUGGUAUUAUAACAAAGUGGAAGCAACUGGGAACAACAGCAAUUCAACUAUGAAGUGGGGGGGGGUCAGCGCAUGCUGAAGCACACAGUAGUUACCAACUGUCUGCAUAGUUAAUAACUAAAGACCUUCAAACAUCGUGUGGCCUUCAGAUUAGCAGAACAGUGCGUAGAGAGCUUCAUGGAAUGGGUUUCCAUGGCCAA